GGCUGUGGGAGAGUGGAGGGGCUCGGGGAGGGAGCGGCCGCCAUAUUGCGGCUCCACGGCGGCCCGGGCAGCGCAAGCGAGGCCGUGCGUCGCGACCCACGUUCCCCUGAGGCACGGACAGGGUGCCGCCUGUGGUCGCCAUGUCGGGCCCCGUGGCUAGCCGGCCCAAGUUGUACGCCGAGGCCAACUCGCACCGGGCGAGAGACUACUGGGACUAUGAGGCGCACGUCGUGGAGUGGGGGAACCAGGACGACUAUCAGCUGGUGAGGAAGCUGGGUCGGGGCAAGUACAGUGAGGUGUUCGAGGCCAUAAACAUCACCAACAACGAGAAGGUCGUGGUAAAAAUUCUCAAGCCAGUCAAAAAGAAGAAGAUAAAGCGAGAAAUCAAGAUCUUGCAGAACUUGCGCGGAGGUCCCAACAUAAUCACUCUACUGGACAUCGUCAAAGACCCCGUGUCCCGGACACCGGCCCUGGUAUUUGAAUACGUUAACAACACAGACUACAAGCAACUCUACCAGACGCUAACAGAUCAGGACAUUCGCUUCUACAUGUAUGAAAUCCUGAAGGCCCUCGACUUCUGUCACAGCAUGGGCAUAAUGCACCGGGAUGUAAAACCGCACAACGUCAUGAUUGAUCACGAGAACCGGAAGCUUCGGCUAAUAGACUGGGGCCUGGCUGAGUUUUACCACCCUGGGCAAGAGUACAAUGUAAGAGUGGCAUCCCGAUACUUCAAAGGCCCCGAGCUUCUGGUUGACUAUCAGAUGUACGACUACAGCCUUGACAUGUGGAGUCUUGGAUGCAUGCUGGCAAGCAUGAUCUUCCGCAAGGAGCCGUUCUUUCAUGGGCACGACAACUACGACCAGCUCGUGCGUAUCGCACGCGUGCUAGGCACAGAAGAGCUCUACACAUACAUCGACAAGUACAAUAUCGAUCUUGAUCCACGCUUCAAUGACAUACUGGGCAGGCAUUCGCGUAAACGCUGGGAGAGAUUUGUGCACAGCGAGAACCAGCACCUAGUGAGCCCCGAGGCGCUCGACUUUCUGGACAAGCUGCUGCGAUACGACCAUCAGACCCGGCUCACGCCACGUGAGGCCAUGGAGCAUCCAUACUUCUACCCCGUGGUGAAGGAGCACGGCAGGAAGGGCUCGAUGAGUGGUUUGUUUGGCAACUCCACGACCCCAAGCUCCACCCCAGCAGGCCUGAGCUCACCACGUGGGAGCCUGACGUCAGGGGGGGCCAUGCUGUCCCCCGCCGGGGCUCCCGCCACCCCUCCCCUGCAAACGGCAGCAGCGGUCGGCGGGUCACAGCAGUAGCCCCUGGGGGGGGUGCCGUGUGGCCCCGUGGAUGUCGCGAUGGGCCGCUGUGGCCACACGUGUGUGCGGCCGAGACCGAGCGAUCGGUUGGGGCAGCCACUGUAAAACAGAAAUCUCCCAACCUGCCACUAAUGUCAUUAAGCAAGCGGGGGAUGGGUCAGGUUUUGGCGUUGUCCGGAACGGGUGAGCUGGCUUCCUCAGGUUUGGUUGGAAAUCCGAUUUACAGUUUGUCGUGAUGCACAGGCCGUACAAAGGUUUAGAAUUUUCUAAGGGUCUUGUUUAAUUAUUAUUGUUAAAAAAUUUUGUUAUUUUUUUUAUUAAUAUACUGCAAUAUAUACUAAACAUUCGUACAAGACCUCACGGGUACAACACAAAUAUGUUAUUGCAGACGGACUUUUGUGGAGAGACUGCUGAUGUUCACAUGUUCAGUAUCGGCUGAAAAGGCAUCUAAUCAAGGUUGGGCAGUUUUCUGUAGAUUUGACCUGCAUCCAGCGUUGCCAUUUGGACAUAAAGGUGGAGCCGUACAAUUUUGUACCCUUUCCAUGUUCACCAAAUGAUUUCUGACUGUUCUUUGAGAGGAGCCCAAGAUUAUUCAAACAUGCAUAAGGCGGGAAGGAGUUCCCUUACUAAAGCACGUGUUUAAAGGCAGUGAGGUUGUUUUUUUCCAGUGUUUGAAAUCCCUUAUUUAGGGGCCUUUUUCUUUCCCCCAAAUUUAUUUUAUCCCGUAUUUUCAAGGAAAAAGUAUGCAUUCAUGUAGCAUCUUUUGUGACUACAAUAAGAAAAAGUUUUCUGCAUUUUGGUGCUUAACAUUUCCGUUUUUCAUGGCUUUUUAAAACUAGCAGUACUGCAGUCCAGGAUGUGUGUGGUAAUGACAUAGGGUACGGAAAGGAAGCUUUGCAUUCCUGUGCAAAAGGCAUCAUGAGAAAUUAAUGGCGAUUUCGCAAAAGCAAAGAACAUGCUAGGCUGUGCAAGUGCUGAGGUGAUAAUUUAUUUUGAUAUUGGCCUUUGGGCUAUUAUGAUGUCAACUUAAACCAGUUUUUAAAUGCUUAAGUACUAAUUUUACGGUUAAUUGUGCUUAGCAAUAGCCUUACUCCAGAAUUAAUAGAUAUCAUACUCAGAAAGAGCACUUGAAAAAUGUGGAUAUCAAUUCGUCCAACUUGUGGAAAUAAUGCUUUGAGAACAUUGCUUAAUUUUAAAAAGGGUGAAACCUAAUAUUUACAUUAAAGGAAAUCAUUUUUUCUAAUUAUGUUGUGUACAUGAAUGAUUCCAUAUGGAAUGGAAUGUCCUCCCAACUGCUGGAAACCUGCGAACGCUGAUGUUUAUUUAUUGGAUUAUUUUUUAUUUUGUUACAUCGACAAUUGUACAAGCGGACAUGCAAGUCAAUGUCCCUUUGAAAGACUCCUUCAUUCGCUCUUACUCGAUGUGCAGCAGGCUGAAAUGGACCUUGAUCAAUGUGGAAAUUAGAUUGUCGUGGGAAGAAAAGGCCCUCCUGUUGUGAUCUGUGCUGUGCUGUUUAUGUAUUGGAAAGGUUUAAUGCCAGUAAAAAUAACUUAAAACGCAUCAAGGUCUACCUUGGGGCAGACCGCCAUAGCCAUAGUAUGACCUGUUCACAUAGUUUUGUGGAUGGGUUAUUGCAACAACAGCCUACUUGGUGAAAACUAAAUGAGAAUGAAACGUAAAAAAACGGGGAUCAAUCAACUUGUCAAACUGUUUAUGGAAGCAUCUGCUGAAAAUAGGUCUGGCCCUCUGCUGUGUGUGUUACCUUGCCGGUCUUUGGCUGAAAAUGCGUUUGUGCUGUUGAGUAGUGGUAGCGUACACCGUUUGCUUCCACUGGCUGGCAGGGUGUGGAAUAUCGGAGUGGCCAGCGGUCACAUUUCGAUUCUUUUCUAUAUAAAUUACAGUACUGUUAUUUUUGAAUCUGUACCGUUCACGUUCUGCUGCUGCUGCAAACAUCGCCUCGAAUUUCCCUGUCGCCCGUGCAUUGACCGGAGGGGAUCGCCAAAUGUUUAAGAACCACAUUAAAAAGAGAGAACACUGGUAAAACAGCGCUUGUGUGAUUUGCACAUGUGACCGCGACUAAGCAAUUCUGACCAAAUAGUGUAAAAGUACACGGUGCGUAUUGUAUCUCGAGUUCCGUACCGAAAAUGCAAGUCCUUUACCACUUACUAUUUUCUGUUGGGUGCGGGUGCGUGGCGCCACUCUUAAACACCCCCCCCCCCCAUACUAAUGCGUUGCAGCGUGCAAGGCAGAGCGGUGUUUGCAGUGCUUAGUCGAUGGGAGCUUUUCUUGCCACCAACUCCACCUUGGGCCAUGCUAUGCGUGAAGCGUCUACCAUUUUGAUGGUCAAACUGUGGGUGACAGUGGCGGGAGUGCAGAGGCAGCCUUCGCGGCCAACCUGGUGCUCAGACAUGCCUGUUCAGUUCGGCUUGCUUAUGUGUUGCUCCCAAAGAACGGCCCAUGCAGGCAUAACCCGAGUUGCCCCAAAGUUCGCCACCAGUUGACACCGAACAUUUUCAGAACAUAGGCACCCAAACGGUACAAUGGAUGACAUUUAUUGACGAACACAAGGUGCUUUGGUCACGAGAAUUGCCAAACAUCUCUUACCCAGUGCUGACCACCGCAAAAACGUCUGGCCACGAGUCCUCAUAAUAGGUUUUGUCGUUGAACAUGCACGCGUUUUAGUGUUUUUUGUUUGAGGGGGGGGGGGGGGGUGGGAAGAGGGGGCGGCUCCUGAUAUCUUGAUAAAUAACGAGGACCUUGAAGACAUCGAAAUGGGGCCUCCACUCGAAUCCUGUUAAUUCAGUAUUUUUUUUGGAAAUGGGAAGUCGAUAUCCGCACGGCCGCAGAGAAUGGUCGGCGGUGCGCCCACGUUCGUCGCAGUGGCUGCUUACAAUACAGUACACACAUUUUGUAAUACUGAAAAAAGAAGAGAAGAAAUUCUUAGUGCAGUAGUAAUAACAACUGUUGCGAAGGUCUGACUUGAUUUGAAUGUUGACGCCGCCCUGCAAUGUGCCCACUUGGUGCUGUCUGUGUCCCCCUCCCCUCCCCCGUGCAGGCUGCGCCUUAACAGCGACUGUGUGCGUGUGUGUGCGUGGAUGUUUGACGAGAGGAGACGGUCCGGGGUGUAAACGCUGUUCUUUAAUAAACGUGAUAAAGCUUUGC